AUGUCCGACGACGAAGCCGAUCCCGAGUUGGUUGCUCUCCUCCGCAAGACCCUCGGCUUGGGCGGCUCGCCUGAUCCACACACGGCUGAGACCAAGGUCCUGCAGAAUGCGCAGUACAUCUUCGACAAUGCCAUCGACGUGGCCUUAAACUCGGUCAAGACGAAAGAGGCCGCCGAGACCAUCUGGCAGAUGAUGCAGAAGAAGGAAUACUCCACGCAGACCUGGGCCGAGCACGAGCUACACCCCAAAGCCAAGAACGAGCGCACCGUCGACUUCAUCUUCACCAUGGACCUUCUCAACUUCAGCUUCUGGUCGGGACUUCCGAGCGACAAGCGCUUUGCGAUCGAGUAUCGGGGCAAGAAGUGGACGGGAUAUUGGAGCUUGGUGGCGGCGCUACAACGGGCUUUGGACGAGGAUAUCCCAAUAACCACCCCGGAGUUCUGGGCCAACGAGGAGGAAUGCACCGAGGAGGUCAUCAAGCAUGUGUUUCGGUCUGCCACUGAGGAAGAUAUUCCGCUGCUUGAGGAAAGGCUGCAGUGCCUGCGCGAAGCCGGCCGGGUGUUAUGCAGAGAAUUCGAAGGCAGCUUCUUGAACUGCAUCUACAGCGCCAAUUACUCGGCCGCGGCACUCGUGAACCUCGUGACAGAAAGCUUCGCCUGCUUCCGGGACGAGACCACAUUCAACGGCCGAAGAGUACGGAUCUACAAACGGGCCCAGAUUCUAGUCGCGGACUUGUGGGCUUGUUUCAACGGCGAGGGCUUCGGCGAGUUCCACGAUAUCGACACUAUCACCAUGUUCGCAGACUACCGAAUCCCCCAGAUGCUCCACCAGCUCGGAUGCCUGAUGUACUCACCGCCACUGGAAGCCCACAUCCGCGACCUGAAGCUCAUCCCCAGCGGGUCGAACUGGGAAACCGAACUCCGCGGCGCCAGCAUCUGGUGCGUGGAGCUCAUCAAGCGGGAGAUUGAGCGCCGCCACCCGGAAGCGAAAACCAAGCCCAUCCAACAGGCCGAGCCGAAGCCACCUUCCUCCGCCGACAGCUCCAAGAAAAGCACGAAAUCUGAGGAGCACAACGGCAAACAACCACCACAAGGCUAUUUCACCGUAACAGCCCCGAACGACGACGCCGUGCAAGGCAAGUCGGCGCGGGGUAUCAACGCCAUCCUGAUCGAUUUCUUCCUCUACGACACGAUGAAGGAGUUGGAGAAGGAGGGGCAAGAAUCCAUCCCGCACCACCGCACCCGGAGUAUCUGGUACUGA